GGCUGAAAACCGAGUUAGCGCACGUGCCUAUUGUAAGAGCAAUGUCAGGAAGGUUUCACCGUGCAACUUCAAUGGCUCAGCCGAAUUCAUUACAAGUGGCUAAAGAGUUGGAACGUGCUUCAUCUCCACUAAGGGUUUUUGUUGAUGCAAAGAAGAAAAUUAAUGGAAUAUUCCAUGGACUUUAUACUCACAUAGAAGACAGCAGGAAGUUUGUGAAUUCAGAUUCAGCUGGUGAUGCAGCCAUAAUCACUGCAGAGGAAAAAGAGAAAAUUGUUGGCUUUUCACAGCAAGUGGAUUGCAUUGCCGAAGUUUUAGCCAGAGACCAAAUGAAAGUGGCUUUCUUUGGCAGAACUAGUAACGGUAAGAGUACUGUUGUAAAUGCAAUGAUGCGUGACAAAGUGCUACCAACAGGUAUUGGACAUACAACUGAUUGCUUCUUAAGUGUAGAGGCCAGCAACCGGGAUGAGGCCUAUAUCAUCACACCAGACUCAGAAGAAGAGAAGAGCAUUCAGUCUGUGACCCAGAUUGCCCAUGCCCUGUCUAGUGACAGCCUGAAUGAUCAGAGCUCCAUGGUCAGAGUCUUCUGGCCAAAAAGCAGAUGUCAUCUCCUGCAGAAUGAUGUUGUACUAAUGGACAGCCCUGGUGUAGAUGUGACUACUGGUCUUGAUGAAUGGAUUGAUAAGUAUUGCAUGGAUGCUGAUGUCUUUGUGCUGGUGUCCAAUGCAGAGUCAACACUUAUGAGAACUGAAAAAAGUUUCUUCCACAAAGUUAGUGAAAAAUUGUCGAAACCAAAUAUAUUUAUCUUGAAUAAUCGUUGGGAUGCAGCAGCGUCUGAACCAGAAUUCAUGGAUGCGGUAAAGCAACAGCAUCUUGAACGAGCUGUGGACUUCCUGGUGAAUGAGUUGAAGGUAGUGACGGCUCAGCAAGCAGAGGAUAGAAUUUUCUUUGUGUCAGCAAAAGAGGUUUUGUUGUCAAGGAUACAAAAACAACAGGGUAUGCCAGAAUCAGGUAUUUGCAUGCUAGCUUGCUGGCGUUUGUUUUUCGUUUUGCAUUCUUUUCUGCCUCCACAUCAUUUCCAACUUCAGUUACUGCCUCCACAUCAUCGCCAAUGUCCAAUUAUUGCCUCCACAUCAUUGCCAACUUUAGUUUAUGCCUCCACAUCACUACCAACUUUAGUUACUGCUGCCACAUCAUUGCCAACUUCAGUUACUGCAUCCACAUCAUUGCCAACUUCAGUUACUGCCUCCACAUCAUUGCCAACUUCAGUUACUGCCGCCACAUCAUUUCCAACUUCAGUUACUGCAUCAACAUCAUUGCCAACUUCAGUUACUGCCUCCACAUCAUUGCCAACUUCAGUUACUGCCUCCACAUCAUUGCCAACUUCAGUUACUGCCUCCACAUCAUUACCAACUUCAGUUACUGCCUCCACAUCAUUGCCAACUUCAGUUACUGCCUCCACAUCAUUGCCAAAUUUAGUUUAUGCCUCCACCUCAUUACCCACUCCAGUUUCUGCCUCCACAUCAUUGCCAACUUUAGUUUAUGCCUCCACAUCAUUACCAACUUCAGUUACUGCUGCCACAUCAUUGCCAACUUCAGAGUUGCAGAAGUUUUUAGAGGAAGGCCUAGGAAGAAACUUGGAUGCUCGAUGCUCUUCAUCGGUCCUACAGUCCAUUGAGCAAACUCAGACACAAAUGACCGAACACAUGUCAGCGCUUCUCCCUGAAGAACGUCAAAGUCAGAUCACCAAUCUGAUAUUCCGUCGUGAUUUUGAUCUGAGUUAUCGUCUUGAUUGCCGUCAUCUGUGUGCAGAUUUCCAAGAAAAUAUUCAAUUUCAGUUUUCACUUGGACUGACUGCUAUGAUGAAUAAGUUUUUAGGUCCUAAAGGGACCAGAGCAGCUCUAACAGGAUUCACAUCGUUUAUUCCAAGACAGUUGCCACCACCAGGACCAGAUACAGGCAGCAGACAGUCUUCAACUGAUGAGGAUGUUGCAGUUGCCAUGGUUUCGGGAUUAGCUUCACUGUACUCGCGUACAUCAGUUGGAUUAAUAUUCGUAGGAGGAAUUGUAUGGAAAUCAGUUGGUUGGCGGGUUCUAGCAGUGGCUGCUGGAAUGUAUGGCGGAAUCUAUCUUUAUGAAAGACUGACAUGGACAAACAAAGCCAAAGAACGUACAUUCAAGAGACAAUUUGUUGAAUAUUCGGCAGAAAAACUUCAGCUGGUUGUCAACUUCACUAGCGCAAACUGCAGUCACCAAAUACAACAGGAGUUAUCAACAACAUUUGCUAGGUUGUGCCAGGAAGUAGAUACAGCAAAGGAAGAAUUGAAUAAAGAGAUUGUCAUCCUCGAUGCUGAGAAAAACAAACUAGAAAAACUCAUGAAUGACUCCAAGUUACUCAGGAAUCGUGCAAACUGGUUGGAGAGUGAAUUGACACGAUUCAUUCGUCAAUAUCUUGGAAACGGAGACUAAAAAACCUAUCAAGUCUAUUCAGUUGAACUUCUUGUGGAAAAUAUCUUAUAUAUACAAACAGUAAAUAUAGGUAUGGAUUUCUGAAGAUAAUUUGUUGUAAGAAUGUAUUGGAUAAAAUAUAUUGGAAGUCAGAAAAAUAAGGAUAGAGAAUAAUUUUUAAAGAAGCGUCAGUGUUUUAUUUUGUCAAAUUGUUUUAUAAUGAGCUAACAUUAUACAACUUAAUACAUUUUUUGGUGGGUAAUACUAUGAAUCCAAUUUUGAUUGGAGUCAAAAAUAAAAAACCCGUAAUCUUAAUCCAGUUAAAAUUGUGUUAAGAUUUAGAAGUCUAUAUAGUGUAAUUUAAUAUACUCUCUCAGUGUACUGACAUUUUAUUACACCAUCAAUCAAUUUGUUUAAGAAUGCAAACAACUGAAAUUUAUGUUUGAUGUAAAGUUUAAUUUCUUGCAACCAAAUCCUUAAUUUUUCUUUAAAUAAUCCAAAAUUAUUUCUAGAGAAUAAGUUAGGAUUUUAAAAUAAUAAUAAUAAAUAAUAAUAACUUUAUUUAAUAAAGCGCAAAACAAUAUCCACUUAAAAUGAUCACAGGCACUGUGCAGAAUUUUAAAAUAUACAUUUACAAAAAAAAAAUCCAAAAAACGCAUAAGGAAUAUACAUUAAAAGUUAAAACAUAAAUUGCUUGCCAAUCUAUUCUGAAUUGUUUAACAUACUCAUGAAUGUAUAAGUAUGAGGUAAGAAUGAUAUUGAAUAUGUAGAGGAGCUGUUAUCCGAGGUGCUGAUUAUUCAAUGAAUAAUAAUGAAGUUUAUAUUAUAACAUUUUCAGUUGAUUUAAGUAUUAACUUUGUUCAUUUUUUUAAUGUUUAGAGUGCAAUAUAUGUGUGUUGUGAUAUGUUUGUAGUGAUAUGUUGCUCUGGAAUAGUGGUCAAAAUGUAUAUAUCUUGAGGACUUAUUUGUGAUUCUAGUGUAUAAAUUAACUGGGUCAUAAUAAACAUAUUUUUGCCUUGCUACACCAAGUCCUCAUACCAUAUGUCACACUAGAUGAAAUAGCUUAGCAGGAAACAGUCAAUUGGCCAAUUAAAUAUUAAAUCUUGUCAUCAGAAGUGAUGUGAUUGACUGUAAAUUUCAAAGCGUGAAGAACUAUCAAUUUAGAAUGCAAUGUACAAUGCUUAUAUUGAGAAAAACUCAGGGGUACCAAGUCUACAGCAAGUCAUCCCAGAAACUACCCAACUCGGCAAAUUUAUGAUGUUUGCAUGUUUUUACUACUGUAUUAUCAGUUUUCUCACUGAAGUCAGUGCCGAUGGGUAUCACCACACACAGCAAAAUUAGAUGUGUUUAAGGCUCGUUUAACCAGAUCUCCUGGAAGUUGGAGUGCCAGGCCAGGCUAGGCCAGGCCAGGCUGUGGGAGUCAAUCUCGAUUUCUGAGAGACUUAAGCCAGUCACUCACUGCGCACGACGUUCGUUGGCCAACACGAUUCUAUGAAGAAUGCAGCGAGACGAUGUGCGCACAACGGAUCGUUUUUAAUGAUGAUCCGUUCAGACUGCUGCUGACAAUCAGCAGACGGCGUUGUGUCGUUAAUCGGUCACAGGGAGCGGAGUUGGAUUCGGUUAUACGACCGUCGCAUGGCGCAGAGAGUGCCUGGCUUUGGUGACUUGUGUGAGAUUUGGGACUCCAAUAAUAAUAAUAAUAUUAUUUCUAUUAUUAUUAUAUUUUGUUAUUUUUGUUAUUAUUAGGGUUGAUAUCGUAUUACGUAUUAUUUAGAAUUCAUCAUCCAUUUUAAAAGUGUAUAGUAUAAUACUGUAGGUCAUAAAAAAAAUAUAUCAACUGAUGCUAAUAAGAAAGAAGAAGAGCGCUUUAAAGGUUUUAGUCUAAUUCUGAAUGUUGAAUUGUUUCAAGAUGAAUCCAUAUGUUCUGUCUUGCUGUUCACUUGCCACAAAUGCUUGGGAAAAAAGCUAAUAAAGUCAUAUUGUAAAGAUCAUUA